CUUCCCUAGUUCCCCCGCCCUCACGUCACGGCCGACGAGACCUGCAAAUGGAAUACAUUCGUCCACCUCAUCUCAGUUUUCUAUUCCAACAGUGAUCGCAAAUCCCCCAGUCAAUGUGACACAUCUAAACGCGGAAUCCACAAAUCUGCGAAACAGACUUUCAUUCGGACGCGCUUAGAUUGUUCAUGUUUUUCAUCAAGCCGUUCUGAAUAGGCAACUUUUACACAGGUGUGUGGGCACGCCGCCCGGGGAGACAAACAUGUCCAAUGGGAAAGAUGCACCUGCCACAGACACCUCCGCACAGAUGAGCCUGCAGGAGUGUUUGGAUGAGUGCAUGGAGGCCCUGGACCUCUUCCUCAACAACCACUUCAGCGAGAGCCUGGACAAGCUGCAGCCACGGGCGAAGGAUAGCAUGUACCACGCUCUGAUCUACGCCACGGUUCUGGAGAUGCAGGCUAUGAUGACCUUCGAGCAGGAGGACAUCACCAGCGCCGGCAACACCAUGAAGACCGCCCAGGAAGUGUGUCAGAGAUUUCGAAAGAAGUCCCCUGGAUUGGUCAGCAAAUCCUCGGGAGAAGCGCUGACUGAAGAGCAGCUCCAUGCGGAGGUUUGCUACGCAGAGUGCCAGCUCCAGAGAUCUGCUCUCACCUUCCUACAGGAUGAGAACAUGGUGAGUUUCAUCAAGGGAGGAAUCAAAGUUCGCAACAGCUACCUCAUUUACAAGGAGCUGCAUGGCUUCAUUCAGUCUCGAAACUCGCUUCGUGGGCCCAACCACAUCCACUUAGAGGGAGGGGUGGCGUUUGGGAUCGGAGCAUUCAACUUGACUCUCUCUCUGUUUCCUCCCCGGAUACUCAAAGUUUUAGAGUUUGCUGGCUUUUCAGGAGACAAGGAGUACGGUCUCUCCCAGCUCCAUGACGGGGCCACAGCGCUCAACCUGCGCUCCAUGCUCUGUGCCCUCCUGCUGCUCUGCUACUACACCUUCCUCACCUUCAUCCUAGGUAGCACAGGGACAGGCGAGGGAGAGGUGGCCGACGCCGAGAAACUGCUGAAGCCCUUCAGACUGCGCUACCCUCAGGGGGCGAUCUUCCUCUUCUUUGAAGGCAGGACGGAGGAAAUCAAAGGCAACAUCGACGAGGCGGUGGCGCUGUUUGAGGACGGCUGCAAGGCCCAGCAGCAGUGGAAGCAGUUCCACCACAUGUGCUACUGGGAGCUGAUGUGGUGCUUCACCUACAAGCGGGUGUGGAGGAUGGCCUACUUCUACGCCGACCUGCUGAGCCAGGAGAGCCGCUGGUCCAAGGCCAUGUACGUGUACAUGAAGGCUGCCUACCUGAGCAUGCUGCCCCACGAGGAGGCCAGACCCUUCGGGGAAAAUGAGGUGGAGCUCUUCAGACAGGUGUCCACCUUCAAGCAGAAGAUAGCAGGGAAGUCGCCCCCGACUGAAAAGUUUGCUGUCCGUAAAGCCAGACGAUACAAAGCAAAAAUCCCCGUCAAGCUUCCUGUGCCUGUGCUGGAGAUGAUGUACAUGUGGAACGGCUUCACCAUCAUCAGCAAGCGGCCAGAGAUGACUGAGGGGAUGCUGCAGACACUGAUGGAGGCAGAGCGCGCCCUGCUGGAGUCUCCCGGGAACGAGUACUUUGUGGACGACCGCUGUGUCAUCCACUUGUUGAAGGGGCUGUGUCUGAAGAACCAGGGACAGUACCAAGCUGCUGAGGAGUGCUUCAACAAGGUCCACAGCAGUGAGAAGAAGAUCAGGUUUGACCACUAUCUGGUGCCAAACGCCCUGCUGGAACUCAGCCUUCUCUAUUCAAACCAGGGAUGCAAGGACCAAGCUGUCAAACUACUGCACAAGGCCAAAAAUAACUACAAGGAGUACUCCAUGGAGUCCCGCACUCAGUUUCGGAUCCACGCCGCCCUGUCCAAGCUGAAGGCAGACACGGUCAACCAGGAUGAGAUCACUGAACUGUAGGGUCUGUGGAGGGUGGGAGCUGGUGGUCAGGACUCGGAGCCUCUCUGGAGGUCUCUAGGGACACCAUCCUUCUGUUAACAUCCACUGCCUCUCUGUGUGGCCAAGCCAUGGGUGAAGACUGUUAGCUUCCAAGCUGGUGGUUCCCUUCCUGGUGGAGGGCUGAGAGGGAGGUGUACACUUCCAAUAUCUCAAACACGGGCUACAUCAGUGUGCGCUAUUCAGAUGCACACGCUAUAUAUCAGCACUAGGCUUAUGUGGGCAGUAUGUUUAGAAGUGAUCUUAUUGUAAUUUGAAGACACUGUAUUUUAAUCAACAAAUGAAUGUGACUUAUCUGGUUAUUGACGUUUGGAUUAUGCUGUUAGGCCAAUUAUUGAUGUUGGAUUACGCUAUUAGGCCAGUUAUAUAUAGAAAUGGCUUCAGUGAAAGUGAGUAUUGUGGGAAAGAUCUGUAGAUUAACAAAUUACAGAUGCCAGAUUUUGCGCCUUCCAGAAUAGUAACUAUUUCACCUUUUUAGUAUGAUUUCAAGUGUGAAAUCAUUUUGCCGGUAUACACCUACACACUAUUUAAAAACUGGAAAUGCUGUAUAUUUACAGGCUGUGCAAAUGUCGCAAGAAUAAACGUAACUGUUAUUUUAACACAACU